AUGAACGUCAGUCCUAUAAGUUAUUUGAUUGUACAGUGCGUCAAAAACUGUCUGAGUAAAGGAAUACCAAAACCAGGAUUCUGUCCUGAUAAAAAUACCCAUAUCUCACCAUUCGCCGAAAAUUGCAUGAAAACUUGCGAAAGGGACUCUCAAUGUGGUGGAGUUGCAAAAUGUUGUCCUCAUGGAUGUGGAACCAUGUGCCAAAUGGUAGUAAACUUAGACUUUGUUGAAGUCACUAUAUUCCCUGUGGUAACUUUUGUAUGUAAAGGAAAAAUUACGGAAGUUUUCCAGUCAGUACGCUGGAUUUCAGGGUUGUCAUAA